AUGAAGAAGGCUGGCGGCGGCUCUGAACGCCUCCACCUACUUGCCCUCCCUCCCGAGAUCAGAACAACAAUCUUCGAAUACGCCCUCACCGAACCCGACAAAAUCAAGAUACGCCCAACCUUACGGCCGCCCGCUCUACUCUCCACCUGCCGGCAAACUCGCGAAGACGCCGGGCUGAUAUGGUGGGAGCGCAACCGGUUCGUCAUCACAAUCUGGAACUGCAACGCCAGCCUUCUCGCCGCCUUCUCGAACCUCCACCACACCCACCAGCGUCGGUACGAUCUGAGCGGCCAUCUAGUCUACCACAUUGUCGUCGAGGGAGGAAAAGAUUGGAACAAUCUGGUGGCGUGGUGUUAUGAAGUGUGGGCGAAUACGAUACCUGCAUACAAGAUGCUCGAACCGUCGGAUGACUUUGAGGCGUUUGUGUCUGUGGCGACGAAUAUUGCCAAGUGGCAUCGAGACAGGCCCUGGGAGGAGUGCUUUGCCACCAUUGACGCGAUAAGGUAUGCGGUGGCCAAGUAUGAUCGGGCGUGGGCUCAGUCGAGGGAUCAACACAUGGGUAGGGGUUAG